AUGCGAAAUUUUCUGUCGAUCACUUUGCUGUGUCUGGCCCUGCUGUGGUGUCAGCUGGACGCAAGACUGGUAAGGGUGCGUCGCAUACGCCGUUUGGUGGGCCAGGAUGAACGCUAUGCAGAGAUUACGGACUAUCGAGUCUCGCCCUUGGACGAGCAGGGCAUCUUUAAGUUCGCCUUUAAGACCAGCAACGGCAUCGAUGUGCAGGCAGCGGGCAGCGCCUUGGAGACCAUUGGCAUCUUCAGCUACACCUCGCCGGAGGGCGUGCCCAUCGAGACGCGCUACAUAGCAGACGAGCUGGGCUUCCAUGUGGUGGGCAAGCAUCUGCCACAGCCACCGCCCACGCCGAGCUACAUUCUGCGCUCCCUAGAGUACAUUCGCACCCACAACGCGGAUGGCAGCCUGAAGGCCCACACCCUGUGA